GUGCAGCAGGCUGGAUGUGACGAUGGGGCACUCUUUGCUCUGCAUGAUGGGCUUUUUCUUGCUCAGUACUGUCAUCUGUGGAAAUGCUGAAGCGAAACCAAAGGCUGAACUGAGAGCUGAUAGGACAGCUGUUCCAGUAGGGGGCAGUGUGACCCUGACCUGCUCUGUGAACCCAUCAUCAUCGUCAUCAUCAUCAUCUCGAUGGAAAUACUACUGGUACAGAGAUGGGAAAUCUUUUCAACCUGUGACAAAUGGACAAAUCAGUGUCUCAGAGGGAGGACUCUACAGCUGCAGAGGAGGAAGAGGAGAACCAGUUUACUACACAGAGGACAGUGAGUCAGUCAGGAUUGACACAACUGCCUCAAACAGGCCUGUUGUGACUCUGUAUCCAAACUGGUCUGAGAUAUACAGAGGAGAGACGAUCACUGUCAGAUGUGAGAUCCAUGGAGGAGACACUGAGUGGGAUUAUGAGUGGGAAACAAACAGCAUCAGAAAACCUCCAAAUCAAAAUGAAUACAGGAUUAGAUCUGCUUCAUCAUCCAACAGUGGAAACUAUCGCUGUAAGGGCAGAAUGAAAAGUUCACAGCAUAAAACAACAGAGUGGAGUGAUUCAGUCACACUGACAGUUUCUGACAAUAAACCCCGUCCUGUCCUCACUGUGUCUCCAUCAUGGCUGAGUCCUGGAGCCUCAGUAACUCUGAACUGUCAGGUUGAACAUCCGUCUGCAGGAUGGAGCUUCUACUGGUAUAAAGCUGUUCCUGAUCUAUCAGAGAAAUCCUCCAGUUAUGAGCUGCUACCUGAUGGCAGUGGGACUGCACAGGACUCCUACAUCAUUCAUGGACAGACACACACAGCAGGAUAUGUGUGCAGAGCUGGAAGAGGAGACCCAGAGUAUCACACUGAUCACAGUCAACCAAAGUUUGUCUGGUCUGCAGAUGUUCAUUCAGCAGCAUCUCUCACAGUGAGUCCUGACAGAGUGCAACACUUCACCUCUGACUCUGUCUCACUGACCUGUGAGGGAAACUUCACUGAGUGGAGAGUGAGGAAGUUCUCUGAGGACGGCCGACUCUCUGACUGUAGGAGAAUGACUGGAUCCACAUGUAACAUCGACACAUCAGAGUCAGAUACUGGAGUGUACUGGUGUGAGUCUGGAUCAGGAGAGUUCAGCAGUGCAGUCAACAUCACUGUACAGAAUGAUGGUAAUGGUCCCAUCCUGGUGAGUCCUGUUCAUCCUGUGACUGAGGGAGCUUCUGUUAGUCUGAGCUGCAGUUUGAAAACACAAAAAAUACUUUCCAAUGUGUUUUUCUAUCACAAUGACAAACUUAUUCAAAAUGAUCCCCGAGGGGAGCUGAAGAUCUCUGCAGUGUCAAAGUCUGAUGAAGGUUUCUACAAGUGUCAGUACUCAGGAAGAGAGUCAGCACAGAGCUGGAUGUCAGUUAAAGUCAUUUCAGCAGCUGUGUCAGGAGCUGACAGCUCUUCAUCUCCUGUGUGGUUGAUGGUUGGACUGGUUUGUGGAGUCUCUCUCAUUAUUAUUCUCCUGCUCUUGUUGUAUCGCUGCAGACAGUCCAAGUAUUCCUGCUUCACCAGGUCGAUCCAGUCUGAGAGUCACAGUCCGGGCUCCUCCACAAAUCAUGGAGUCAAUCAGGAUGAAACUCAUGUGUACGACUCUCCUCAACAUGGUACUGCUGACGUCUAUGAAUCAGUCACACAAGUGAAAAACAGAAAUGGUUCAGAUGAAUAUGAAAAUGUCACCUCCUCUAUUAUUGAGUUUAAAGAUCUUAGAAGAAAGAGGGAACACGACACACCAGAGCAGAGUGCUGUUUACUACAAUGAAGAUGGGACCCACAGGUACAGAGGUGUGUCUGAGGGCUACAGUUUCUAAGCAAAGCCUAUAAGGAAGCCACAGAUGGGACAGGCACGAGGUGCAGCCAGUGACCCCAUUAAACUGAUGUUUUACUGUCCUUAUUUUCCUCGAGUUAUUGGUUCUGUUAUUAGUUACCUAACACAACCUAAUGUGAGUCUUUUGGCUGAAACUAACCAACUGACCUGGUGAUGUCAUGCUCUGUACUGACAGGAUAUGGCGAUACCUGUGUUUUUAUACCUUUAAGCAGUUAUUUCUUAAAUCCAGAUUCACAGUCAGAGUUACAUCUGUGUCAGUUUUUGAGAGCUGGGCUCCAUGAUGUAAAUUAGCCUUUAUACAUGUCGUGUUUCAUGUCCCCUUUAAUGCUGAACACCUUAUGUGGCAUUUUCACACAACAAUACUUCUGCUCAGUAUUGAUUUUUCUUUUGCAUGUUUGCCAUCCUCCAUCUUCCACUUUUACUGAUUCGGUUCAUGUAAACAUUUCUGAUGGUUUCAUGUUCAUCAAAAUAUUUUAAUGUGCAGUUUCAAGUCUUAGAGAUUACAUUCACUUUACAUUCACAGACUUGAAGUUGAAGUUGUUGCUGUUCUUGGGAGACGUUUCUCUUUUGUUCUGGUAUCAAAUUGCUUCGUGUUUGCUGAGUUUCAAGCUCUUUCUGUUCACCUGUCAAACUGUUGCUCAUGUUUCCAGAGCAGCUUUUCUUCUGCUCAGAUUAAAAAUUUACAGUCAUUUCUGUUUUGUUGAUUUGCCGAAUUGUUGCUCAGUUGUUGAGAAUCACUUGUUUUCUGUUCUGUUGCCAAACUGUCUGUCAGUUUCAUAUAGACAUUAAUUUGCUCUUGUUCAGUUGCCAAGUUGUUGCUCAGUUGCUUUGAAUCGAAGUUCAUCUCAGUUGACAGGUUGCAUUGUAGUUUUGAAAAAACCCCAAAAAACUUUCCAAACUGUCUUUCAGAAUAAUUUAUUCUCAGUUUUCUGCUCAGAUGUCUGAUUUUCUCCUCUUCUGUUCAGAUUCAAUCAUCUACUUCUCAGUUGUCUAAAGUCAAGACUGUGUCAGGGUUCCUGGGUGGUUCACCCGGUGUUUUCAGUUCAUGUUCAGUUUAUGUUCCACAUUCAUGUUUCCCGCUUCACCGUGCCAGCCCUCUGUCUCAGUGUCAUUAGCUCUACUUCCUGUUUCAUUAUGUUCAGCUGUGUUCUCACUCGUCCUUAAUCAUCAUCAUUAGCCAGUGUACCUAAGUCCUCAGUUUCAUCCUGGUCUUUGUCGUGUCAUUGAUGUUAAGGUUGUCUACUCUGUACGUGUGUUCAGUUAAGCCAGUCAUUUCAGUUCAGCCUGUCAUCUUAUGUUCAGCUCACCUGCUCGUCAUA